AAAAAAAAAACCAAAAAGGCUGUAUGAAAAAGAAUAAUUCUAAUUAGUUUCAGCUGAAUUUGUCAGAUUGGUGAUUUUUAUUUUUAUUUUUUUCGUUUUGCAGUUAGAAUUGAUAGAAAUUAAGGUUCUUUCUUUAACUUUUCUUCAAAAAAUAUCGAAGUACUUGUUUGUUUACAAAGAAAAAUUGUGAUGGUCCAAACCUAAGAUCUCUAUCAAAACCUAGGAUCAGAGCGGUUUUUGUUGCUGAGUGACAAGUUUUACGUUUCUUUGGAUGAGGUGAUAACAAAAAAAAAAAAAAAGAAAAUUCUGAUACUACUGGCUUUUGUCCAAAGUCAGCCGCUUUUUAGAAGUUGAAAGAAAGCAACCCUUUUCAUAGUAUAGCAACAUUGAACAAGUAUUUGGGAUCUUUUUGACGCUUAAAAUAUACUUUUUGGUGGUGGUUAUCUGUCAGGCGUAGCCAUAUAUUAGGAUUAUCUCACCCCGUGGCUCUUGGGCCUUUUGGUUAUUGAAUUUGAAACUUCCAUACUUUAAGGUGUCUUUGCUCUUAGAUCGGAUAUGCAAGCAUUUACAUGUCUCAGUAUUUAUUCUGAAUUUUUGUAGAUCCUCGAAAGUGGAGCAGGAGAUUUCUUCAUCAAAAGAACAGAAUCUUUUUGUUGAUUAUCAAGAUCAUGAAUUUGAAGCUAACAUUUGUAUAUAUACCACAAGCAUUUUAGAAAUUUAGAACUUUGAAAUGGAGAAAAUCUGUGAAUUCUGCAGAACUUCAAGACCAGUUGUUUAUUGCAAAUCUGAUGCAGCACAUCUCUGCCUUUCCUGUGAUGCAAAGGUCCAUUCAGCCAAUGCACUUUCCAACAGGCAUCUUCGUACCCUCCUAUGUGACUCAUGCAGAUGCCGCCCAUCUUAUGUUCGGUGUUUGGAUCACCGGAUGUUCAUGUGUCAUGGUUGUGACCAAAGCAUCCACGAUAUUUCUUCCCAGCAUCAGAGGCGUGCAGUUAGUAGUUAUUUGGGGUGCCCUUCUGCUAAAGAUUUUGCAGCAUUGUGGGGUUUUGAAUUGAAUGAGAUGGAUGACAAUCCCGCUCAAGAUCUGUCUUUAUCCAAUUCAUGUGUUUCCAUGAAUCCCAAUGCAGUAAAUCUGGAGAAUUUAAGGCAGUCAUGUUCACGAAUUGGAGUCUCUUCAUGUAAAUCCAGCGUGACUUCACUCCCUGCUGCAGGACACAAUAUUGGAUCAAACAGUCAACGAACCAAGGUUAUUAAUAAAGGUCAACAGCAGCAAAAUACCUCCUUUAUUCUGCAACAGAUUCUUGACCUGAAAAAGCUUCAGCUCACUGAGGGAGACAGCCAUUUGCCUUUUAUUUGUGCCCUAGAACAAGCUGACACAACUUCUUCAAUAUGCAACUCUUCAAAAAAUGUUGAUAGUAAUCUAGUCCAGGAUAUUGGCACCAAUCUCCAUCAAAGUGACAAUCCACUUGAUGAGCUGAAUGCAGAUCCUCUGCCCUUGUCAUUUACUCAUCUAGAGAACUUAUCGUCAUCUUCAACUUCUGGGAUGCUUUUGUAUGGAGAAUCUUUUUGGCAAUGUAAAAGUCCAAUUCAUGAUAGUCAGUUGUGGUCUCAAAAUAUGCAAGACCUUGGAGUUUGUGAAGACAUUUUUUGCCAAGAUGAAUUUAACAUGCCUGAUAUUGACUUAACUUUCCGCAACUUUGAAGAACUUUUUGGUGGUGAUCAAGAUUCAAUCAGCGCACUACUUGGUGACAAAGAUAUUUCUUGCUCAUCUCUAGAGAAGGAGAUGUCCUUCAAUAAAUCAGAUAAUGGUAAUGCAAGACCAAUGGAGGGGAUCAUUGGUACUCCUCGCCCAAUUCGACCAUCUUAUUCAACAAUUUCCUUCUCAGUUUCAAGGUUUAGUGCUGAAAGCAGUGGUACUGACUGUCUUGAUAGUGGACUUUCACCUAUCACACAGGGGGAAGCAUCAGGCAUUUCACCUGACUUAGACAGCUUGCAUUCAGAAGCCAGAGAAAAUGCCAUGAUGAGGUACAAAGAGAAGAAGAAAGCCCGACUGCAUGAAAGACAAACUCGUUCUGCAUCUCAGAAAGCUAGAGCUGAUGUACAGAAAAGGGUAAAAGGACGAUUUGCUAAAUCAGAGGACCAUGAUUCUGAUAAUGCAAAUGUGACAAGGAGCUAUUAAGUCCUCAGUAUUUAUAUUGUACAUAUUAUCAGUUCCAGAUUCGGUUAGUGCCACAUGUUGCUUAUACUUCUGUUUAAAUCCAACCAAGUCUGUCAGUUCCAUCUAUUUAUAUUUCUGAUCCUUUUACAUGUGUGUGUGUGUAUACACUCGCUUCCAAUGACAUACAUAUAUAUGGAGAAAAUCCGUUGAU